AGUUACGGUCUAAGACAAAAUAGUUCAGCGGAAAAUUUCCUUUAGAAAACUUAUAAAUUGACGCAAAAACCACGGAAGAAACAAAAAGAUGUUGAUUUUUCAGUACUUACUUAAAAAUUCAGCAAAAUCAUUGAAGAUUUUUAAGCCAAAUAAAGCUUUUUAGACCCCAGGGUUUGAGAAAUAAAAAAAUGACCCCUAAUCGACUCAGUCGAAUGUCACAGGUCUCAGCUCUCAAGUCUCAAUUCUCAGUUCUCAGAUCUCAUGUUCAAGUCCAAGUGAUUUAGUACGAGAGACCUACGACCUGAGCCCCGAGCCCAGAGACAUAAACCGUGAGACCGACGAUCUGAAUUAUACUACUUAAGUCCUGAGUAAUAGGUCUCAUUCCUCAGGCCUAUGUAAGUUCUCAGGUUUAUGUCACAGUUAAAGCUCUCAAGUCUCAAUUCUCAGUAUUCAGGUCUCAUGUCUCAUGUAUCAUAUCUCAUGUUUUACGUCUCAUGUCCCAUAUCCUACGUCUCAAGUUUCAGCGCUAAUUCCAGUUACUUUUAAGGCUAUUCGUUUAGUAAUCUUAUUCAAUCUCUUGUUCUUCAACUGGUCUUGACCUUGAUAGUGAUUCUGAUGCUGAUCCUUAUCCUUAUCUUGAACUAAAUCUUUAUGUUGAUUAAUAUUCUUAUCCUGAUCUUGGUCCAAAUUCUGAUCGAAUUAUGCUGAAUCAUCCUGAACCUGUUCCUGCUUAUGAUCUUGAUCCUGAUCUUGCAUUUGAUGCUGAAAAUGAUCCUAAUACUGAUCCGAAAAUUGACUCUCAUCAUGAUCUUAAUCCACUAUCAGAUUCAGAAAUUGAUCCAGAUCCUCAUCCUGAUUCUGAUCUCGAUCCUCAACCUAAUCUUAAUCCAGAUUCUAAUGCAGAUUUCCAUCCUAAACCUGAUCAUGAUUUUUAUCUCAUCCCUUAAAAAUAUUGAGAUCUGUCAAAAUUAAAUUUAUUUAAAAAUAUUGAACAACCUUUCGGAGUUCAUCAUUUUCUCCAUUAACCUCGGACAGCGGAAAAUCCCCCCGGGAAUCCGUGGGCCGAAAGCAUCUGCUUUUCAUCAAAAUCAAUUUGCUGCCGGUGGGCGUUAUUUUCGGAUGGUGUUUAUUGGAGUACGAUGAUGAUGCGCACAAUUUUCACGCAAAUGUGCAUUCCCUGCCGAUAUGAGCUAUUUUCCAAUUUUCUAUGAAUAGAUUAAGGUUUUUGUUUUUAUUAUUUACCCAUAUCCAUGCAAGCAUUUCCGAUCGUAACCUUUAUGUUUAACGUUUUCUACAGCUCCUCAGAAUCUGAAAAAAUAACAUAAAAGUACAAGCAAGCCGUGAAAAACAAGUGCCAAAUUGUUUGCCAAAGUUCAUACCAAAAAUUAGCGAUAAGUUCAGUUUAAAAAAGUGUUUUCAACGAUGAGUGAUCGAGAAAAUCGAUAAAAAGAGCAAACAUCCGGAAAAUCUAACGUAGUGAGCUCGCUAAGCCAUUGCAUGAUUUGUUUUGAUUAGCCGAACGCAUUCAAGUUCGAUCGUCGAUUGUGGUCGGCUGAGUCAGCAACGCUCAAAUACCUACCAAAGAAAAGCAACAUUACCGAAGGAAUAUUUGUUGUACUAAAGUUAGAGAAAAGUGCCGAGUAGUAUCGUGAUUAACGUCCAAGCAGGCCUUGGGCACGUGGCCACACCCCGAACAGUUCGGGGAGGGAAAAGAAGGAAAAUCCUACCGAGGCGAGGAAAACCGCCCAUCAAAUGACCAUAGCAGCAGCCGCCAUCAUCGAUCAUGUCCGGAAUUUUCAAAUACACUCCCAACCGGGCGGCGGCCAGCACUCCGAAUCGGCGGUCAGCGUUCGGCGUUACCGGAUUCGGUGGAAGUCCCGGACACCAACAGGAUGCCACCAUGGAUAACUCAUAUUCGAUGGGCUUCCGGUCGCCGUCGAUGAGCGCCCUGGCCGGCCAAACGUCCCCGGCCCAGGGCCGAUCGUUGCGCGAGUAUGAGGAGCAGAUGUCCGCCCUGCGCAAGGAGAACUUCAACCUCAAGCUGCGCAUUUACUUCCUGGAGGAGAACACUGGAAUGGGUGGAGGCAGCAGUGCCAGUGGGAGUGCCGGCGUUGGAGCCGUCGUUGGGCCCACCGGCAGUGGAUCCUCCCUGAUCGGGGGUCACGCUUCUGUGCCUCCGUCUUCCGAGGGAGGUGCGCCGGAAAAUUUGUUCCGCCAGAAUAUCGAUCUGAAGGUUGAGGUGGAAUCCCUGCGGCGUGAUCUGCAAGAGAAGCAGGAUCUGCUGUGCCAAGCGGCCAAAGCCAUGGAGCUGAUGGAGGCUAGCCAGCGGAAGGCCGACGAGCAACACCAGGAAAUCAUCGGCGACAUGGAGCAUCGAUUGGAGAUGCUGCAGCAUGAAAUUAAAACCAUGGAGGCGGCCGAAAGGCAACAGCACCAGCAGAUCGCUGCCAGUAAUGCCACCGUGAAUCUAACCGGUCGCGCUCGAUUCAACGAAACCGGUCUGCUGGAUUUCCUGGACAAGAUGGAGCAUCGCGAUUUGAGCGUUCAGGAUAAACUGCACAGCGCCGAUAUGGAGAAUGCAAUCCGGCAGUGCCACGAGCAGAACGAAGAACUCUGCCACAGGAUCGGAGAGCUGCACAAACAGCUGGAGGAGAAGGAACGGUUGAUUUCAAGCAUGGAGGCCGAUUUGAACGAACUACGGUUCGAGUGUGCCGAGAUGAAGGACAAACUCGAGGAGAACGACAGAUCAACGUCGGAUGCAGAGGUUCAUCGAUUGAAGAAGGAUCUCUUCGAGACAAAGUCCGAGCUGGCCGACAAGCUGUGCAUGCUGGACGAUGCCGAGACGAAGCUGAAGGAAAAGACCGCCGAGCAUCUGAAGUCGGUCCACGUGGUUCAAAAUUUGCUGAAAACGAUCACCGAACGGGAGAAGGAAAUCGCUCGGCUGAAGCGAAAUUCGAACUCAGAACCAACCGCCAAAGAACCCGCCGUUAAAAAGCAAAUUUCGAACCCGGACAACAAUGAAACAUCCAACGCACUGGCAGCUUCUGCACCAAUAGUGGACCAGAACGAGCAACCCGUUUCCCAGGACGAAUACGACGCCCUGUGCCGGCGGUUGAAGGCGCUACAGAAGAAGAACGACAGCCUGAUCCAACGGAUUACCAGUGGCUGCACCAAUGAUCGCAGCAACGAGAACAUCAUCAUCAAACAGCUGAACGAAGAACUGAUUCAGGCGAGGGAGGAAACCGACAAAGCCAACCGGUGGCGCAAGGAAUGCGUAGAGCUCUGCCAGAUAUCGACCGCCCGGCUGGAAGAACUGGCCGGCUUCCUGGAUUCGCUUCUUAAGAACAAAGAGUUUAGUGGCUCGCUUUCGAUGGAUCGGAGGAAGGCGAUCAGAAAGGCUGUAGACAGGAGCCUGGACUUGAGCAGGAGUUUGAACAUGUCGAUAUCGGUAACUGGAUUUUCGCUUCCUGAAAAUAGUUUGGCUCAUUUGAGCUGUUUGAGCGGCUUCCUCGAUGGAACAGGGGUAGAAGAAAGCUUCUUAGGAAACAAUAAGGAGAACAAGAAUUUCAAUUCUGCGAAUAUUGUCGGUGGAAGUGCGGCCAAGGUCAUUGAAAGUCUGGAAGCCGAAAAUCGUGAAUUGCGAGGACAGCUCGAAGGCCAACGUGGUCGAAAGAGUGUCGAAGUAAAAAGAAGGUUGAUACCCGUACUGACGGAACCUCUUUCAGAUUCGGAAGCAUGGUCUGAACCGGAUCGAGAUGUUUCUUUGGCCCGUAUCGGGCUGGAAGAACGAGCAUCUGUUAACAACUCGGCCAGUAAAGGAAAGCCUGCCAAUGGCAGAGGAACCAUCCUUCAGGAACUUAGUUCCACCUCUGAGAAUGAGGCCAACAUUGGUCUAUCUAGAAAGCAAAUCCAAGAGCUCAAACAACUACAAGAAAGUCUGCAAGAGAAGGAUAGUAAAAUUCUGGAGAUCCAAAGUCGGUUAGUAGACUUGGACAGUAAGCUUCAGGAAGAAAGAAUGAAGGCCUCAAGAACCCAGGCAGAAUUAGAAAAUACUCGUCACGUAAAUCAACGGCUAGAGAAAGAAAAUGGUGUUCAAAUGGAACGAAUCAGUGAAACGGAAGUGCGGCUGAACGAACUCACCCGUGAAAUUCACCAGAAAGAUGAAAUUAUCGAAAAGCUCAAGAAAGAUAGAGAGCAAGCAUUCGUUGAUCUACGAGUCGCGGUCAUGAAACUCGAUACACUGCGCUCCGAACAUCAGGAAAUUCAACAUAAACACCAAACCCAAAUAGACAACUUACUUGCUCAAGAAAGAAAACGCUUAGAAAAUCUCCGUCAGGAACUAACAGAGUCUUUCGACAGUCAAUUAAAAGCUAAACAAGCAUCCUUUGAUGCUAGCCUUACAGAAAGCUACAUAUCCAAAAACAUCUACCAAGAAAAAAUAAAAGAACUAAACGAGCUGCACUUCCGGCUAGAAGACGCCCAUCUAAAUUUAGUUACAAUGUCCGAAGAGGAAUCAAAACUCAAGCACAAAGUGACCGAGGCCGAAAAGAGUGUACAAACCAUGCGCAAGACAUUGGAUGAAACCACCCUUCAGGCUUCCAAGGCUGCCAUUGAACGAACAAAGGCACUCAACGAAAAACGGAUGCUUGAAGACGAACUAAAACACGUUCGCACGGACCUUGAAACCAUCAAGGCAGAGAAAAACAAACUCAACACACAAUUAGUAGAGCUUCAAGCAUUAAUGCAGGCCCAAGCAGCCCAACGAUCACCACCCAAACGCCUCAACAGUAGCACAUCUGGUGCCGAAGGAUCUGCCGGAUCCGGAUAUACAUCGGAAGAACUGCUCGUAGCAGGAGUCAAUCGGUGCGCCAUCAAAACCGAAAGCAGCAAACGUCGGCUGGAGAACUCUUCGCCCGAUCUCGGUAUCGAAAGUGACGCCGGGCGCCUGUCCAACACCGAAAGCGUCGGUAAGCAGAGGGGAACGGAAACCGGAACAAGUCCGGCAAGGCCACUGCUCAAAACACUGGAACUCACCAAGUCAAUGAGCGACCUGUUGCUAGUGGAAUCGAAAGAAGAAGCCAAACCGCAGCUCAAUUCGUCUGGGGAGGUCGAAGGCGGUGAGAGUAACCGAUUGUCCGUGAAUCACGAUUGCGUCAAAAUCGAGGCCGACUUUGCCGAGCUGAAGCGUCGCUACAAGCAAACCCGGCGGCACCUGGAGCUCGCCUACGACAGUAUCAAAUCGUCCAACAAACGUAAGGAGCAGUUGGAACGGGAUAUCAAGCAGCAAAUCCAGAAGACGAACGUGGUGCUGAAAACGGUCCGCACAAACAUGACCAACGAGCUGGAGAAGUCUGCCUCCGGUGGCGCCUUGCCGUCGAGCAGUAGCUAGUUUGGUGGUGGUGUUCACCUGUUUCGUCCCGGUGGUGUUAAACCCGUUUCGUCCCAUAACAUUGGGAACAAUCAUUAACCAACCAUCAUUCCUGAGACAAGCGUGUGUCGUUCUGUGGUUGUGCAUCGAAUGAAUAGUGGCAAACGUGCUGCCUGCGCUAAAAAAAUUGUUUCCAGCCGUGUGGUAACUGCGUGCGCAAUAAGCCUUCUCCCGUGUCCGUAGAGGAAAUAAUAUUGUACAGUAGCACCUUUCUAGGACCCUGUAUAUGUGUAACUACGAGUGAAUAUUUUUGCGUAGGAGAGAAUGUUUGUGAUCUUUAGGUAAUAAGCCGUUAGAAGAAGGAUACCAUUAAUGAACUCAUGCUUGAACUUAUUUUAUAAUUAAUAUUUGUUUUUGAUUUGUUCUGUAAUUCGAAACAAGUGACUGACCUUUAUCUUAACUCUACGAAUGUAUGAUUUUUUUUCACAAGCGCAAAACUCAAAACAAAACUUUGUGAGUAAAACUAACUUAUUUGUAGAACACACUACUAGUUCGAUUUUAGCCGAUGCUGUUUGUAAACAAUAAAGAAAAAUAUGUUUUACCUAAA